AUGGCGAAGGCUGAGGCGAGCAUGACACAGCCUAGCCUCGUCGGUGUUGGUGCUGGCACCGCAAAAUUCUCGGCCGCCGAAUGGCAUCGUCGCCGACGUUCCCAGAUCCUCGCCGCGCACCCGGAGGUGCGUGAGCUGGCUUCCGAGAGGGACGAGUGGGUCUCUGCGCUGGGCCUCCUGCUGCUGCCUUGGUACGGGUCGGUGCUCCUCCACUCGCCCGACAUGCCGCCGCUCGAGCUUUGCCUGAACGCCUUUGGUGUGGGCAGCCUCCGAGCGAAUUGGGCAAUCUAUUGCGGACAUGCCAUCUCGCACGGGCGCUGGCGCCGGCUCGCCGGCCCGUUUGGCACCGCGCGCUUCAACGCGCUGCUCGCAGGCGUCAACGUCGGGCACGUCUUCCAGGUCGUCCCGAGCUACUGGCUGCUGCACCACUCUCACCACACGCGGCUCGGCUCGCUGCCGCUCCUCGAGGCGCGCGAGCGGGCGAGGCGCGGCCGUCAGACGGACGGCGACCUGGGCAUCGCCACGAGGCUCUUCUCGCCUCCGGCGCGCAAGUACAGACUCGUCCUCGACCGCAGCGGAGCCGAGCUACCACGGCAGGGCGAGGGCGAGCACCAGCUCCUCAACCUGCUCGUGCACGCCGCCGCACCGCUCGCCUUUGCGGGCUACGUGGCGGCGGCGCUGCGCGCGGACGACGGCGAGGGCGCCAGCGCGGCGCUGCGGCGCAGCCUCGCCCUGCAGGCGGGUGCGCAGCUCGCCUGCUACAUCUGCGUCGCCGCCUACUGCUCCCUGGCGCACUCGGCCGCGCCGCUCGCCUUCUACCUCGGCUCGUCCGCUGUGUGGCUCUCGCCGCUCAACCCGAACUGGGCCAUGGAGGCGCCGCCGCUCCCGCUCCCGCAGCCGACCGUCUCCUUCUACACGCCGCGGAACGCUGCGGGCGCAGCGCUGGACGCGUACCUCGGCUUCGAGAAUUACCAUGUCGAGCACCACGACUUUCCCGAGAUGCCGAUGUACCUCCUGCCGAGGCUGCGCCAGAUCGCGCCAGAGGCGUACGACUCGCUGCGGGCCAUGCCCAUCCUCGAGCCGGCCACGUGGGCCGAGCUGCUGACGGGAGACUUCUUCUACGCCUGCCAGGACAGGACUCUGCUGGGGCGCGAGAGGCGAGCAGGCGAAGGCAGCGAUGAACGCUCUUGA